AUGAUCGCCUCCAUCGCCAUCGCUACCCUUGCCGUUGCCGGCUCUGUUAUCGCUGCCCCCGCUGCUGGGGAGUCUAAAACGAUCACUGUCCCCCUCCACAAGCGUGGUUCGCCUCUUUCCAAGGAUGGUGUAGUCGUUGGAUCCGCCCUCGCUCGCCAAGUUACUCGUGUUCAAGGCAAAUAUUCCCGAGGUAACGCGGCCUAUAAAGCCAAGACAGGAAAGGAUCUGUUCACUGGUAUCAAGCCGUUGGAAAAACGCCAGAAGGAGGCGCUCACUGAUGAGCAGGAUGAACUCUGGGCUGGUACCAUCGGCAUCGGUACUCCCAGCCAGUCGUUCCUGAUCGAUUUCGACACUGGCUCUUCGGACCUUUGGGUUCCCUCUUCGUCUUGCACAAGCUCGGGGUGCUCCACUCACAGAAAGUACAGCACCUCAAAGUCAUCCACCAGCAGCAAGAAGAGUGGAAGCUUCAGCAUUAGCUACGGUGAUGGUUCGACUGCUUCUGGGCCUAUCUACGCUGAUACGGUCACCGUUGCGGGACUAAGUGUUACUGGUCAAUAUUUCUCUCCCGUGACUUCGGAGUCUUCUUCGUUCUCUUCGGAUCCCAGCGACGGUAUCAUGGGUCUCGCCUUCUCGUCUAUCUCGUCGAUUGGUGCCCCGACUUUCAUCGAGAACUUGUACUCUCAAGGCAAGAUUUCCUCCCCGACCUUUGGUUUCCGUCUCGCCUCUUCUGGCUCCGAGCUAUACCUCGGUGGAGCCGAUACCGCCAAGUACACCGGCUCCAUCACCUGGUCGGCACUCACUUCUAAGACCUACUGGCUGACCACCGGCUCAUCGAGCGUCGGAAGCACCGUCGGCUACUCUGGUGCUAUGAUCAUCGACUCUGGCACCACCCUUGUGGUCGGCCCCACCAGCAGCGUCAAGGCCUGGUGGGCCAAGGUUCCAGGCUCAGGAACCUGCAGCACCUCGGUUUGCGGUGCUUCUGGCUAUUACACCUACCCUUGUGCCAGUCCCCCAAGCGUCAGUUUCACCUUCAACGGACGUAAAUUCCCCGUCUCUUCGACAGACUUUAACUUGGGUACCACCGAUAAUAGCGGCGCUACUUGCGUUGGUGCUAUCGUGGGCACGAGUGGCGUCCCUGACAACGCUUGGAUUGUUGGUGACACCUUCAUGAAGAACGUCUACACCGUCUUUGACGAGGCCAACUCCCGCGUCGGGUUCGCUACCCCUGUCUGA